GGAUAACAUCCAAAUCUCCUUCGCGAACGUCACUGAAGGUGGAAUGUUUGGACCUCUCUUCAACACAAGAGGAGUGAAGCUAAUGUUUGUGGUGGAAGGAGAAGGAUCGAUGGAAAUGGCGGUAGCGUCCUCCAAGCCAGACAGCGGCUCAUCCGAGAAAGGCAGCACCCGCACGCCGAGCUUCGAGAGAAUAAGCGCCAGAUUGUUCCCGGGAACCGUGAUCGUGAACCCGGCCGGGCACCCGUACGUGAACGUGGCGGAGCGGAGGAGCCUGAAGCUCCUCUGCUUCCACAUCAAUGCCCGGAACAACGAGAAGGUGCCGCUCGCCGGGAAGAACAACGUGUUCAUGAACUUCGAUAGGAUCGCGGAGGACAUCGCCUUCGGUGGCAGCCGGAAGGACGUGGAACAGGUGUUCGGAAGCAACAGUGAUAAUGAGCUGUUCUUCAAGGGGCCGAGGGAGGAGCGUCGUGCGGUUGAGUAAGAAAUGAGAGAGAUAUUGCACGUACGUCUUUUGCAUGAAUGAAUGGAUGCAUGAUGCAUGCAUGUGUCUUGUAUGAAUAGUCUAGUGGUUUGGC